AAAAAGAUGAUGCUGAGAGAAAAGGACUUGAGGGAUACGUUCCUUUUUAGGAAACCACCAACCUCGUACCCACCUCCCCAUCACCAUGUCUGAAGACGUAGUAAUGCAAGAAACUGACAAUACAAUUGACCAACCACCACCUUCAAAGAAAUUAAAAUCUUCUUCAUCAUCUUCUUCAUCAAAACCCGCUUCUACAAUAAAACCAAAAUCAAAACCACAACGUCCCCGUUCUCCUUCUCCAACUCCGCCACCUCCUCCGCCACCCCCUCUACAAACUAUCAGACUCCAAAUAAAUCUAGGAGGUCCAGAUAAUUAUGAAGUCGAUAUUGCUACUCUGGCAAAGACAACAGGUCAACGUCAACCAACACCACCUCCUCCAAAAGCAGACACAUCUGACUCCGAAGGGGAGGAUGACGGCGAGCCGAAAAAGAAAAAGAAAAAACAUGCCACUUCAGAGUAUUACGACGUAAACGACCCUUUCAUCGAUGACUCAGAGUUGAACAUCGAUAAUCGCACGCAUUUCGCUCAGACAAAGCAACAAGGCUUUUACGUCUCUAGUGGCGAAGUCGCUCUUAUGAAAGAUAGCAGAACCCCCAAGAAACCUAAAUCAAAAAAGGUCCCUGUUGAGGGAGGUGCAGCUGCCGGACCUAGCAAGGCUGCUAUCAAGGAGGAUGGGACAAAGGAACAUCCUAUCAGUUUACUAGGCGAAGACAAGGGCAAUAAGAAACGCAAGAACUAUACAGUCAUAGAAGAGAACGGGAAAAAGAGAAAAGUCGUCGAUAUCCGUGACUUCCAUCCUGAGCUCCAAUUAGCUAUCGAAGACCUAAAGUCUGCCAUUGCUAAAGAAUCAUGGGACGUCAAGGGCAAGUUCCCACCCUCUAUCAAACCCCUACUCGCAGACUUUGCCUUGAAAGCCGUCAACCUCGGUGAAUACGAUGACGACUUUUUUAAUCUUAUGCCAGUGCUGUUUCCUUAUAACCGCUAUACCAUGACUAAACUUAUCAAACGCACGAUAUUCACAGACCACCUCAAGAUCUUGACAGAUAGACAGGACGAACUGCUUCAACAGCUUGCGGGGCUUACGAAAGAGGGGUUUUCGAAGGCACAGGAGGAGUGGGAGAAGAGUGUUGUUGCUUGGGAACGCCGCAAAGAAAAAGCCAAGAACGAAAGCGAAGCAGGCGCGGCAUCAGCCUCGACGCCCAGUGCAAGUGUAGACGCCGCACACCCCGACGAUGGUACAGUGAGCGGUGUCGAUGGUGAUAAUACCCGUGCCGACGGCGACAGAUCCCUUGCCGACGGUGCAGGCACAGACGGUGGAGGACCAGGCCCAGAUGGCGACAACGCCCCAGGAACAAAUAAAGCAGACGGAACACGUGACGCACAUCCUCCUGCACAAAAAUAUCGGUUGACGGAGGCGAUGAAGGUGAUUGUGUGGCAGCUUGUGAUGCUUAGUAAUGAAUGUUGUAGGCUUGAGAAUGAGAAGAAUGACUUAGACGGGAGUAAUGCGCUUGUUAGCGAACAGGGGACGAGAAAGAUUUUAUAUCAGAAGAUUGUAGCGGCAUUUCCUAGUGGAUGGUUGAAUUCGGGUCAGUUAUCACGAGAAGUGAGCUCUCUAAAGAAGAAGUACGAGAAAGAGACGAUGGAGCAAGAGAACUGAGUUGAUGGUUCUGUUUAUGUUAUUUGGUCAUAGUUAUGAACUCAAGGACGUUUGAGGCUGUUUUAUAUGUGGUGUCGUUGUUAUGUCCACUUAGCUUGAAGUACUUAGCUUACGCUCUUACUAUUGACAACAUUAUCCUCAUUUAUUGCUUUUCCAAUUUCGAAACAGCUUAACGCUUAGUAACAC